CUUUUCCUAAUAUAUGUUAGUGAUAACUUUUUAUGUUUUUGUUUACAUUUCUAGAAGAUGGCGACCAAUCGACAUUCUAAUAAUUGGAACCAAGAAACUAAAAUUCGUCUGAACGAAAAGGUCACAUCAAAUAUAAAUGAUAUUGGUUCACUAGCCAGACAAGUCAUUAGAGGAUCUAAAUCAAAUGAGUUUUUAGCCCAAGCAGCUAAGAACUUUGCAUCACAAGAAAACUGUAUCCAGAAUUCUUAUGAAACAAUGAGAAAAAUGGAUCUUCUUCGAUCACAACUGGAAUUCCAAUAUUCAGCAAUAGAAAGAAGCUUGCUGUCCCUGGAUGAAGUACAAGAUCAGAUUGCGUCUAUAAGUCAUUGAAUGCUCACCAUGAAUUCCUAGCACCUUGAUCCAAUGGAUAUUUUGAUUAGAUCAAACAUAAAAUCUUAAAAAAAAAACAAAAAACAUUGAGCCUUCUGUCCUUUUAAAAGCAUUGCUACAUGCUAGCAUGAGAUGGGAAUACAUUUAGUCCAGCUAUCUGACGCUUGUCAGUUAUCAUCACUAAAUGAAAGAGUUUGUUGGGGCUUAUGUUUGUUGACAGCUACAUUUGUCUGAUUUAUUAACACUAUAAUCUAGUCAUGACACAAAUACAGGGCAACAAUUAAUAUUAACAUGAAAUGAAUUAAAGCAUUAAAACUUUUUUUCACAAGAUUUUUUAAAUAAUAAAUAAUGUUAAACACUUCAUUUACAUGCCUUUUUUUUUUUUUUUUUUUUUUUUUUUUUUUAAAUUCCAAUUUAUUUAAUGCUUUCAUAUAUGCAUGUGUGUUCAUAUAUAGGUACAGUACCGGUAUUACAAAUUUAGAAACUAGGAAUAGUGCUGGCUGUCAGAGACUGCAUACCUACUCAGGAUAUUAGGAUGUCUUGGAAUAGAAUGGUCAUAAUGUCUGCCUAUUGUGCUGUCUACACAGUACUGGUACUUUUUUUUUCCCCCUUUUUAUUGGUCACAUAAAGGUUAUACACCAGCUUAUUGUAUUGAAAAUAUGAAUUUUACUCAGAAACUUCCUGAUCAACCUUAUUUCUUCACUAGCUUUAAAACACUUUAAAUAAUAUUACUUUUGUCUAAAUAAGGGUUUAGGAUACAGCAAAGAAUAUUUUUGCCAAAUAGUAUUUAUGAAUAAUUUAAAUUGGAUUGUUUCCCCUGCAUUAAAAAAAAAAGACCAUACAAGUAAAGUAAUCCUUCUUUUAUUACUAUUCCUUUAAACUUGCAAAUUCUUCAUUGGAAAAACAAGUCCAGAAGCAAAGAACAUAGUUUCUUGAAAAUGGCUCUAAUAAUUUUCCUGGAAAAUUGACUGGUUGAUGUAUAUCUGGAAAAGUAAUUACGGUAGUAACAAAUUGUCCACACUGGGAAAACUCUAGCUUGAAUUAUUUUUUUUAAUAUUUAAUUUGGUCUAGAUAAUCUUUAUAAGACAUAGCAGAUAUUUCUGCUGUCUUUAUUAAAUAGUUAAAUAAAUAGACAUUUAGAAACAUUUGGCACAGUCUCGUAAUUUUAUAGAGUAUAUUUUUA